UAGAGAGUCAUUAUGAAAACACAAAUACAUUAGACCGCAGUUACAGAGUAACACAAUAUACAACAACUCUUUUAAAGAAUUGGCAGACAAUGUUGCAGACUCUUACGUCAGAGGUAAAUGUAAAAUUAUUUAUUUGUUAACUUAAGUGAACAACAGGAAAAAGAUUAACAAAACUUUUAAAACUAACAGUAUUUAUAUUAAAGUUGAACUAGCAGCUUGAGCCUAAACAUUUGCCUAUAUGGAUAAGUCGAAGAAUUUUCGUAUUGAUGCCCUGUUGUCAGAGAGUUCUCAGCGGAUGGUUCGGGAGGAUUCACCGGGACUGUGCAAUGACGGUACUGACAACGAGCCUAUUAUCUGCAAACGGAUAGAAAAUUCACCAACUCGAGCCUUUCAGCUUCAGACAGGGGUCAUACCAAAACCGGGUAUGCUGAACAUUUCUCACCCAGGAUUAACGUCAUUUUCUCAAGGGUCUAUGCCAGGAAUGUAUCCAACACAUAUGUACUCUAUUUCGGCACUUGGUGCUCAGCACCCCAGCUUUGCUUAUUCUGGUUUUGGGCAUCAGUACCCGGAGCACCUGAAAGCAGCAGCCGUGGCCGGUUCAUUCCCGCUGGAGCACUGGAUACGGGCCGGCCUCAUAAUGCCACGACUCGCCGAUUACAGCGGAGCACCCCAGGCUGGUCUGAUUGGAAAAUGCCGCAGACCACGAACAGCUUUCACCAGUCAGCAACUACUGGAGCUGGAAAACCAGUUUAAACUCAACAAGUACCUGUCCCGACCCAAACGCUUUGAGGUGGCCACAUCUCUCAUGCUGACUGAGACACAGGUCAAGAUUUGGUUCCAGAACCGGCGGAUGAAGUGGAAGCGCAGUCGCAAAGCUAAAGAACAAGCUGCGCAGCUGGAUACAGACAGCUGUAAGUCAGGCAAUAGAGCAAAGAAGUCCAAAGAUGUUGAUCGCUGCAGCGGACAAGAUGAUGAUGAGGAUCUGGAUGCAGAUGAAGAAGAUGAUGAUGAUGAAGAAGAGGAAGAUUUUCGAAAAUCUAUUAACGUAGGUGUGAGUCUUUCUCAUCCCUCAGACUUCCUGCAGCACAGCUCAGAGCUGAGUUACAGCUCCCAUGGCUCUUACUCUGAUGAUGACCUGGAAGAGAUCGGAGGAGACCGAAAGAUCAGAUUGGGGUUAUGAGGAACUGAUGACAUCUGUCGUCUAUAUGUUCAUUCAUUGGACAGCUAAUAGCAUUUAUGUUUUGCUACUCUUAAAACAACAUCACCUCAUGACUGAAACUGUUGAUGUCCAAACUAUUAUUUAAACCUUGUAUGGUCACGUUAAUUAAUGGAUACAGACAGAACAUUUAUAGUCAUAUAAACAGUACUGGCAUUUUAAUAAUGAAUGAAAAUGGUCUUCCAGUCUAUUUGCACUUAAUAUUUUUUUCUUGAAGGCUGCUUGUAAACUGCAAGUGUAAACUUUCUCACACACUAACAAGUUUUUUAUGUGAUCAAAUGUUUCAUGGACAUUUUGAUUGACACUACCUGUGAGCUGUUGAACCGAAUGAGGAAGUCUUAGCAAGUCACAGGUUGACACUCUUGCUGUACAUAGAUGAAACACAUUGACCUCUUGAUCAUAUUUUGUUCAGUAGUAGUAUGUAAGCAAGCAUGGAUGCUGAUGAACAGAGGACUGUCCAGAGGUCAGCUUUUCUUUCAGUAACCAUUGACUGAGGAACACAGAGGAACUGAUAAAUCCUCAGCAAAUAUUAAACAAGGGCAAACUGUGAACAGUGCAUUACUUAGUCCAUUAGUUUAUGUCACGUUGUUGGUGUUUUUAAUGUUAUUUAACUGUUACAGAUUAUAUCUAAUUUAUUCAGCUAUGAAAGAGAUCAGAAGUUUGAAGAAUUGUGUGAACUUCAGACAUUGCUGAUGAAAUAUGUACAUGAAGUAAAAGGGAAAUAAAC